GCAGCGUGCAGCGUGGUUCCGCAGCGUGCAGCUCCUCCACGCCAGACGGAGGAAAGUGAUUUAUGGACAUUGAGUUGACAAGCGGCCGCCGGCAGGGUCAGUGUUGGUUGCUCUCUUCAGGCACAUUUUGUUCCUUUGCAGUUAAAACAGGCAGAAGAAGGAGAAUUACAACGCCAUGGCUCCUACAAUAUAUGACAGUUCAACAACAAAAGGUAGUGGCCCUAGUAGACCUGCCCUAGAGGCUGAGCUCAGGGAGCUGUUGGGGAAGAGGAUCAUGAUACUAGAUGGAGGGAUGGGCACCAUGAUCCAGGAGAGGCGAUUGGAGGAGGAACACUUCAGGGGGGAGGAGUUUAAAGACCACACCCACAGCCUGAAGGGCAACAACGACCUGCUGAGCAUCACACAGAGUGAUGUCAUCUACAAUAUACACAAGGAAUACCUGCUGGCCGGGGCAGACAUCAUUGAGACCAACACUUUCAGUAGCACCUGUAUCGCCCAAGCCGACUACGGACUGGGACACUUGGCCUAUCGUAUGAACAAGGUGUCAGCAGAAAUAGCCAGGAAAGCAGCAGAUGACAUCACCAACCAGACAGGUUGUAAGAGAUACGUGGCAGGGGCCGUGGGCCCCACCAAUAAAACCCUGUCUGUGUCUCCCUCAGUGGAAAGACCAGACUUCAGGAACGUCACCUUUGAUGAGCUGGCUGAGGCCUACGCCGAGCAGGUCCGGGGUCUGUUGGAUGGAGGAGCGGAUAUUAUCAUGGUGGAGACCAUCUUUGACACGGCCAACGCCAAGGCAGCACUGUUUGCUAUCGACAAACUGUUUGAAGAGAGCUACGAACCCAGACCUAUAUUUAUAUCAGGCACCAUCGUGGACAGGAGUGGUCGUACUCUCUCAGGACAGAUUGAUUGUGUUUCUAGAUAUCAGGCACCAUCGUGUAUUGGUCUUAACUGUGCCUUAGGAGCCACUGAGAUGAGGCCUUUUAUUCAGGCUAUUGGGAAAUGCACAACGGCUCACGUCUUAUGCUACCCCAAUGCAGGUCUCCCCAAUACGUUCGGUGGAUACGAUGAGACCCCGGAGUUGACAGCCUCACAUUUAAAGGACUUUGCUACAGAUGGUCUGGUGAAUCUGGUUGGCGGAUGCUGUGGAACGACUCCUGCACACAUCAGGGCCAUUGCUGAGAAAGUGAAGCACUGCCAUCCCAGAGUGCCCCCUACUGACGUCUUUCAGGACUACAUGCUACUCGCAGGUCUGGAGCCAUUCAGGAUUGGUCCGUACACUAAUUUCGUCAACAUCGGUGAGCGUUGUAACGUGGCUGGAUCAAGGAAGUUCGCCAAGCUGAUCAUGUCGGGAAACUACGAGGAGGCGUUGAGCAUAGCCAAGACCCAGGUGGAGAUGGGAGCCCAGGUGUUGGACAUCAACAUGGACGAGGGGAUGUUGGAGGGUCCUGCCGCCAUGGCCCGGUUCUGCUGUCUCAUAUCCUCCGAGCCUGACAUCGCCAGGGUACCUCUGUGUAUAGACUCGUCGAACUUCGAGGUGAUCAAGGCGGGGCUGAAGUGUUGUCAGGGGAAGUGUAUUGUGAACAGCAUCAGUCUGAAGGAAGGAGAAGAGGAGAGGAGUGAGACUGUCAGACGCUACGGGGCUGCCGUGGUGGUUAUGGCCUUCGACGAGGAGGGUCAGGCUACCGAGACAGAGCGCAAGGUCGACAUCUGCAGCAGAGCCUAUCGCCUCCUGGUAACUCAAGUGGGCUUUGACCCCAACGACAUCAUCUUUGACCCCAACAUCCUGACCAUCGGCACGGGCAUGGAGGAACACAGCGAGUACGCCAUCAACUUCAUCAGAGCCACCAGGCUCAUUAAGGAGUUGUUGCCUGGGGCCAGGAUCAGUGGAGGCCUGUCCAACCUGUCCUUCUCCUUCAGAGGCAUGGAGGUCAUCAGAGAGGCCAUGCAUGGAGCCUUCCUCUACCACGCCAUCAAGGACGGUAUGGACAUGGGCAUAGUGAACGCUGGCAGCCUGCCUGUCUAUGAUGAUAUCGACAAGGAGCUCCUGCUUAUGUGUGAGAACCUUAUCUGGAACAAAGACCCGGAGGCCACAGAGAAACUACUGCUGUACGCACAGAGCUGUGCCAAAGGAGGGAAGAAGGUGGGUAUAGAUAAGUAUGUGGUAGAGGACACAGAGGAGGCGAGGUCCCAGGCUGAACUCUAUCCGAGGCCCCUACACGUCAUCGAGGGGCCCCUGAUGAACGGCAUGAAGGUGGUGGGAGACCUGUUUGGAGCUGGGAAGAUGUUCCUACCUCAGGACCCCUACCAGGGCACCAUAGUGUUGGCCACAGUGAAGGGAGACGUCCACGACAUCGGAAAGAACAUUGUAGGAGUGGUGCUGGGCUGCAACAACUUCAGAGUGAUCGAUCUGGGGGUCAUGAUUCCAUGCGACAGGAUAUUGAGGGAAGCCAUCGACUGCAAAGCAGACAUCAUCGACCUGUCUGGCCUCAUCACGCCCUCGCUGGAUGAGAUGAUCUACGUUGCCAAGGAGAUGGAGCGGCUUGGGAUGAAGACCCCACUGCAUGGAGGGGCCACCACCUCCAAGACCCACACGGCAGUGAAGAUCGCUCCCCGUUACCCCUGUGGUGCAUGUUCUGGAUGCUACAGCUGUCCUGUGGUGCAUGUUCUGGAUGCUUCCAGGAGUGUGGUGGUGUGUUCUCAGCUGUUAGAUGAGAAUGUGAAGGAGGAGUUCUUUGAGGAGACGACAGAGGAGUACGAAGACAUCAGACAAGACCACUACGACUCUCUAAAGGAGAGGCGCUUCCUGUCUCUAGCCCAGGCCAGGGAGAAAGGACUCCAUGUGGAUUGGCUUUCUCAGACCAGACCAGUGUGUCCUCAGUUCCUGGGUACCCGUGUGUUUGAGGGGUAUGACCUGCGGAGGCUGGUGGACUAUAUUGACUGGAAGCCUUUCUUUGACGUGUGGCAGCUGAGAGGGAAGUACCCUAACAGAGGGUACCCCAAGAUCUUCAAGGACAAAACCGUGGGUGAGGAGGCUCGGAGGGUGUUUGACGACGCCCAGCGGCUCCUCAACAGACUGAUAGAUAAUAAGGGUCUCUGGGGGCGUGGCCUGGUGGGCUUCUGGCCCGCCCAGAGUGUAGGAGACGACAUCCAGGUGUACGAACAUGACGUCACACCUCGCUCCUCCACGCCCCUCGCCACCUUCUAUGGACUACGCCAACAGGCAGAGAAGGACAGUGCCAGCUCAGACCCCUACUACUGCCUGUCCGACUUCGUGGCCCCGAGGGCCAGCCGUGUGUCGGACUACAUGGGGAUGUUUGCUGUAGCUGUGUUCGGAGCGGAGGAGCUGAGCAAACAGUUUGAGACCCAGGGAGACGACUACAACAGUAUCAUGGUGAAGGCUCUGGCUGAUCGCCUGGCUGAGGUACGGACUCUAGUGUUACUAUACUGAGGUACGGACUCUAGUGUCACUAAA